UGCUUUUUUAUGUACUAAAAAAAAGAUAAAAAGUCUCCAAAGUCUCACUUACUUAUUAAAGAUCUGCAAACUAAUCGCACGACAGUUACAGCUAAUAACCUGAUAGAUCCCUGUUAUCACGGAAAAUUAAAAGUUCUCAAUUGCAAUAAUCUGGAAAACUAAGAUUAAUUGGUACUGAAAAAUGAACAAAGUUGAAAAUGUAGUCUGCAAACAGUUCUCUGAGAACUCAAUUUUUGUGCGGCCUUAUCACAUGUAUUUUACUCAGGAUGGACGUCAAAGACGGUGGGACCUCCUUAAACUCCACGAUAGCGUGGCAAUACUGAUUUUCAACACAUCUCGAAACGUCCUUGUACUAGUGAAACAGUUUCGACCGGCUGUAUACUUGUCAAAUGUACAAGAGAAUGACAAGAAGUUAGGCGUCACGAUUGACACCAAACAGUACCCAGCCGAACUGGGUUUCACAAUUGAACUGUGUGCAGGAAUUGUAGACAAAAAUAAAACUUUGGAAGAGAUUGCCUGUGAAGAAGUCCAUGAGGAAUGUGGAUAUUCAAUCAAACCGACCGAUUUGCAAAGAAUUAUUUCAUAUAGGUCUGGUGUUGGAGCUUCUGGUGAUAAACAGACCGUGUAUUAUGCAGAGGUCACUGAUGAGAUGAAAACGUCCAAAGGUGGUGGAAAUGUGGAUGAAGGAGAACUGAUUGAAAUCGUUGAGAUGAGUGUGGAUGAAGCAAAGGAGUACAUGCAGAGAGAAGACGUCCUUAGUCCUGGUGGUUUCUUAUUUGCCCUCACAUGGUUUUUCCGUCUAAAAAGUCCAUGAAUAAUAAAUGAUCCAAAAGACU